AUGUCGAAAGCCAAUGAGAAGUUGCCAGACCUUUUGGCAGAUGCUGUCUUGAAGGAAUCAGUGCCAAUUCCGGAUGACUUCGUUAAAGUGCAAGGUAUCGAUUACUCAAAGCCUGAGGCGACGGAUAUGAGGGCCAGCGACUUGAUUGAUGCUAUGAAGACUAUGGGUUUUCAGGCUAGUUCGCUGGGACAAGCGUGUGAGAUCAUCAACAGCAUGAGAUCGUGGAGAGGAAGACAUAAGGAUGAGCUAGAGGAGCACGAGAAGAAAGGGUCUUUUGACGAUGAGGGAUAUCAAAAGACUACGAUUUUCAUGGGCUAUACCUCCAACCUGAUCAGUUCCGGGCUACGUGAGACUCUGGCGUACUUAGUGAAGAACCGGAUGGUGGACGCGGUGGUUGCCAGUGCUGGUGGCAUCGAGGAAGAUCUCAUCAAGUGUUUGGCGCCAACCUUCUUGGGCAAAUUCUCUUUGAAAGGUGCAUCCUUGCGUGAGCAAGGUUUGAACCGUAUAGGAAAUCUUCUGGUGCCCAACGACAAUUACUGCAAGUUUGAAGAAUGGAUCGUGCCUAUCCUGGACAAGAUGCUGGAAGAGCAGGAUGAGUACGUUGCCAAGAACGGCGCAGACUGCUUGGAGGCUAACCAGGACGUGGACUCCCCGAUCUGGACUCCAUCCAAGAUGAUCGACCGAUUGGGCAAGGAGAUUGACGACGAGUCCUCCGUCCUCUACUGGGCCCACAAGAACAAGAUUCCGGUUUUCUGCCCUUCGAUCACGGAUGGGUCCAUCGGUGAUAUGCUUUUCUUCCAUACUUUCAAAGCGUCUCCAAAACAAUUGAGAGUCGACGUUGUAGCAGACAUCCGCAAGAUCAAUUCGAUCUCCAUGGAGGCCUCGAGGGCCGGUAUGAUCAUUCUGGGUGGAGGCCUAAUCAAGCAUCAUAUCGCCAAUGCUUGUCUGAUGAGAAACGGUGCAGACUACGCUGUAUACAUCAACACCGGGCAGGAGUUUGACGGCUCCGAUGCUGGAGCCAGACCCGACGAAGCCGUCUCCUGGGGCAAAAUCAAGGCAACGGCUAGAUCCGUCAAGGUUUACGCCGAUGCUACUAUCGUCUUCCCAUUGGUGGUGGCCGCUACUUUCGCCAGUGGCAAGAAGCUUGACAAGACUAGCGAUUGA